AUGUAUGGAAACGAUAAAAAAAUUCCGCCAUAUCCUCACAAUCAAAACCCACCACAAUAUGAAACUCCUGGCGGAGGUGAUUUAAAAAUACAAGUAGAUAACAAUCAACAACCAAAUGUAGCAUUUUUUAUAAUUCAAUUUGAAGAUCCUAUUGUAAGAAAAAAAUUUGUUGGGAAAGUUUUAUUUACUGUUGCUGUAAUGAUAUCAGUAGUCGCAACUAUUACUGGUUUAUCAUAUAUUCCAUUUUUUCGAGACUUUCUAAACGAUGAAGAAAAUAGAAAAACGAAUCUUUUUAUUUUAAUAGGAUUAUUAUUAGCAUGGUAUAUAAUAGCUUUUGUAACACUUCUUGUUCGAUGUGUUCGGAAAAUAUAUCCACUUAACAUUAUAAUGUUGACAUUAAAUGCCGUUUUAAUGGGUUUUGUAAUUGCAAUCUUAACAGCUUAUGUUCCCCCAAUAGUUGUAAUUAAAGCUGCAUGUGAAACGUUUUUAAUUUUAACAAUUGUAGCUGUUUUGGCAAGAUAUACAAGAAUUGAUGCAACAGGUUUUGGAUUUAUGUGGAAGUUUUUCCUUAUUAGUACAAUUAUAUCAUGUAUAUCAUUUGUUAUAAUAUAUUUUUAUGGUGGUACUUCACUACUUGCUAAUAUUUUAUCAACAGUCAUGGUAUUUAUUUAUUCAAUUUAUAUUUUUAUUGACUUACAACUUAUAAUGGGUGGAAAAAGAAAUGCUAUUUCUCCAGAUGAACCUGUUUAUGCAUCUAUUAUGUUAUUUGUAGAUAUUAUGCUAUUAUUUAUGGUAAUUUUUGGUAUAUAUGCUCAAAGUUAG